CGCGCGGAUCAUACGUGGGGCGAAGGCGCGCGUGCGUCCCGGAGUUCGGAAGUCGGACCAGUUGAUCCGCCAGCGGCGACGGAAGUCUGCGAAGCGGUCCGGAGACCGAGCGAGGGGACCGAGGAGGCAGACGAAGCCACUAGGGGGCCAUGUCUGACAGUGGCGGCACAAACAGCAACAGCUGGACCAUCCUCACUCCUGAGGAGUCUGCUGCUGAAACUCUGAGGCCUCUAGCAGAGAGAACAGAGCACCAUGAAGCAAGCAGUACAUCUACAACAGAGCGUACAGACUGUGGGGCAGAGAGCCAGCCCGGGGAGGGUGCAGCGUCUGAAGUUGGAGGGCUCCCUGCGGAGGACCACCAGGUGAAAGCAGCGAAAACUACAGAGCUAAGUGAAGAAACUCUCCCUGAACCCGACCAUGACCCCAUUGUCACCCUGGUGCCCGUUAGUGAUGUCUCCCCUCUGUCCUCCUCAUUGGAUGUUCCCUUCCAGUCCCUCCUCGAUAGUGAGCCACACAGCCAAUCCGAGGGCCUACCUGAGGGCCCGGUCCAGUCUGGCCGUGAUCCCGAUUUGUUCUCUGACUCCUACACACACAUAAGCCCCUCCCCCGAAGAGCCCGGGUCCUCGCUGCUGACCACUGAGACUCUGGGAGGGCAGGAGUUCGUGCAGGAAGAGGAGGAACUUUUACAGGAAGGAACGCUGCGUCCACUUAAUGGGGAGGGGCUAACACAGGAAGGGGAGGAGUCCGAGUUGUCUCAGAGGGUGACUGACUUGGGGAAACAAGCAGACUCUCCCGUGAAAGGGGAAAAAGGUGACGAAAGCGAGCCAGAGGUGCGAAGGCGGCGAUCGCUCCUGGCGGCUCUGGAGGAGAUUGGAAGGAGGGAGGAGGAAGAGGAGGGAGAGGAGGAAUUCCAGCUGCCUCAGCGGGAGGAAGACAGUGGGUUCUCUGUGAACAAGUGCAUCCUGGGAGCUCUCAUCCUGUUAGGCCUUGGGACCAUCUUCUUUUCCGGUGUCUUCAUGGACCUGGAUGAGGAGAGUAACUACAGUGCACGGGAGCUGAAAGAUGAAGAUGUGUCUGUAAAACAGGAAUGGCUGAAUCCAGAAGUUUCUCCUCCACCAGUAGACGUCGACAAUACAGAGCUUCUGAAUAAGUUGGCCAAAGGAACUCGACAGAUCACUGUGCUGCAAGCCCAGCUUCAGGCACAGAAAGAUGAGCUAAAAGUAGCCAAGGGCCAGGUGGCUGAGGGAGCACAGGAGCGGUUGCGGAGGGAGGAGGUGGAGAGGGAACACGGUAGGCUGAAGAAAGAGAUGGCUUCUCUCCCUGUCCUUCAGAAAGAAAACGAGAGGAUGAAGAGAGAGCUGGAGUCUGUCCCGGCCCUACAGAAAGAACUAGAAACACUGAGAGCCACUGUGACCGAGCGAAAGUUGUCUGCAGCCAAUGAAGCAGCUCCACCGCCACUUGUGAGCCCUACUGCAUUGCCCCCUUCUGGAAAGGUUGGGGACAGCAAGCAGGACACAGUGGGAACAACUGAGAAGCAGACCAAGAAACCAUGGGAAGGAGAGAAGGUAGAGAAGAAAGAGAAGGUAGAGAAGAAAGAGUGGAAGAAGGAGAAACACGACACGGGCGAGAAGAAAGAGUGGAAGAAGGAGAAAUACGACAUAGGCCAGAAGGAGCGAAAAGAGAACGAUAGAAAUGAGUGGAAAGGAGGAGAAAGAAAGGAGCACAAAGAUGGAGGUAAAACUGAAUGGAAGGAGGGGAAAGAGCAGAGGAAAUAUACCGCAAAGAAAGAAAAAGAAGGUAAAGAAUGGCAGCACAAGGAAGACGAAAAGGAGUGGAUGGAGGGAGGAGACUGGAAGAGGAAGGACAAAGCUGUUAGAGGGGAUGAUAGGAAGCCAUGGAAGAAUAGGGAAGGUCAGAGAGAGUGGAAAGAAAAGAAUCAGAGAAAAGAAUGGGUAGCGGAGAAAGAAGGGAAGAAGGAGAAACAUGAGAAGCAGAGCUAUGACAAAGACUGGAGGAGCAAGGAGGAGAAAAAGGACAGGAAGGGAGGAAAAGAGCACGGAGAGAGGCACAAAGGAAAGGAGGAAUGGAAGGGAGAGCGGGAGUGGAAGAAAGGGAAAGGUGGGUACAAGGAAAGUGGCAAAGAGAAAGGAGAGAAAAAAGAUUGGAAAGAGAGAGGAGAGAAAAAAGACUGGAAGAAAGAUGGCGAGUGGAAGAGUGGAAACAGUAAAAACCACGGUGAGGGGAAAGAGGAGAGGAAACCAGAGGGGAAGAAGGGGCCAUCCAAUGAGGGUGAGUGGAGGAGCGAGGAGAGGAAGGAAGACGACUGGAGAAAGGACAAGAGAGGUGUCCACAAACACAAAGAGGAACGCAAAUAUGAGAAAAAGGAGGAUCGCCACCAUCACCACGACCACCAUAGAGAGCAUCUGUGGAAGGGACCGGGGGACGGGGAGCCCCCUCAUACCCACCGUAAGCCUCCGCUGGACCUGUCCAGCUACUGGGGGCACCAAAGGGAAAAGCUCCAGCGCGACCCCAGCCCACCACACACCUGUGACUCGGCAGAGAAAUGCGCCCAGGCCGAGGGGCUCCGUCCCGUCGCCUUCCCCGAAUUCGACGCCGUCCUCCAGGUUUAUCUGGCCAAGGCGGAGGCAGCGGGGGUGGAUGUCUCCGAGAGAGACGAGCUGGGCAAGCUUGCCGCCGAGUUUUUCAAAGACGGCGUGUUUGCUCACGACAAGAUGAGCUUCCGUGGUUUCGUGGAGGAGGUGGGCGACAUUUUGGAAGACAUGGUGGAAGGAGAGGAGAGCGACGAAGAGGAGGAUAGCGCCCUAGAGGACGAGAUGGACCGCUUCGAGAGGGAGGUCGUAGAGAAGUUUUCAGUGCCGGGGGUCGGAGAGAGGGAGGAGCGGAAGAAGGAAAGCGGAAGAGGACGCGGCUGAUGGGAUGGCAGAACGGAUGAGUGAGGUUAAAAGAAGUGAGGGGAGUGAUGGUGGAUUAGCAGAGGGACUCAAAGGGAACAUUUCAUAGCAGACCACACAUACUUAACAGGCACAUAAAUAUAUCCGCCUUUCUUUUGUUUUUAUAAGGACGUCCUCGUGCUCGGUUUUCACUCUUCGCCGUCCUCUGACCAGAUCCAGACAUGUUUUUAGAUAUUCUCGUGUUUUGUUUUAGUGUUUUUUUGGGGGGGUUUUUGUAUUUUACUUGCACAGUUGCUUUUACAUUUCUACACAAGGCACUCGUUAUAUUCCCCAAAAUGUUGGAGGAUCCAGGGAAGUCGUUGAACGGGAACAGGACGUGGGAGCAGAAAGACUAGUUUACUGUAACAUCAGGUCUUCUGUUGGGUUUAGUUCCCCUUGUUGCCGGUCGUGAUCGGUCAAAUCUGCCAAGAGCCCGCGCAGGUUUACCGGCGGUUCCAGAGGCGACAGAGCAGUUCGCUUUUUUAUUCUCGCCUCCAGAAGAACUUGAUACCUUGCGACGAUCGCCCCUUAACCAGGGUUGCGGAAACGGCCCGUGUUACUUUAGUUUACUCGCGGUCAACUUCCAGAAGGUCUCUUUCCCUGCGAGCGGCGCUGUGCAGCAUCGACAUCACCCUUUAUUUAACAGGCGUGUCCCCUCCGUGUGUUGUGUUGUGCGCUAUCCUGAACUCCGUAUGUGAGGGGGAUGAUCUUAAAGCCAUGUGCAGUUUUGCAGAACGGUGACUCAAACUCGAACUGUUGACGAGGUUCAUGAAUGUAUUGCGUGAAAAUCGAAGAGUCUAUUUUUUUUUUGUCGUUUCUUUUGAAUGUUAGAAGUUUUGUACAUAUUGCACUAAAUCAACACAGAUUGUUAAAACACACUGAUGAGCAAGAGAUAUAUAAAUAUAAAAGUAACUUAUUGUGUUGAGUUGAGCAGGGAUGUGGGUAUAAAGAUGUCAUUCAGGGUACACAAAUAUUACCACGUUGGUUCGUGCAGUUCAGGUUUAGAACUCCUUCUAGUUUGAUCACUAUAAUGUCUUCAUUUUCGCUGUAUUAUGAAUAUGUUUGUUUAUGUGACUCUAUAAGCUCGCGGCACUUAAGUGUUGUUUUGGAAGAAAGCAGUUUCCUGUUUGCUAACUCGGUUGGGGAUGGAAGAGCCCACGGCGGCCUGAGGGAUCUGCAAGGGCUUGGCUGCAAAGCCACACACUGUAUGAGCUUCGAGGUAGCGCGGAGACUUUCUUUAGUAGUACAGAACAUUUCAUUUCGACCAUAUAAUAAAAGCUGUACAAUAAAUCUAACUUAUCCCCACCACGAAAAGGCAUUGUCAUCUUUUCCUUCACCU